CUUGAGGGACAGGAUCACCGUGGAGACGCCCCCUUCCCCGAGUCUUUGGUCCGGUCCUGUUUCCGGCGUGUCCUUGAGCUGAGUGUCCCAGCCAUGUUCUCCCGCUGCCUGAGCCGAACUCUGCGCUGUCCGGUGCCUGCUCUCCAGAGGGGUUCCAGCGGCGCCCGCAUCCGGCUUUACACCCGUGAGUAUGAGUGCGAUGUUCUGGUGCGCGCGGUGCGGAGCCGGACCUUAUGUUGUGUCUCUAUUUCAGGGCCCGCCGCGGGGCAAAUCGCGUCACUUGGCGGCCAGAAGACCUUCCUACCCUCCAGUACAGACGCCGUCAGGUUCUAUCGCACGUCGGCCGUCUGCAGGCAGGACGUGGUGACCGUCAACACACCGGCCUUUGCCGAAUCCGUCACAGAGGGAGACGUCAGGUGGGAGAAAGCUGUCGGGGACUUGGUGAGGGAGGAUGAAGUCGUCUGUGAGAUUGAGACGGACAAGACAUCAGUACAAGUUCCCGCCCCCACAGGCGGAGUCAUCGAGGCUUUUCUGGUCCCUGAUGGCGGAAAAGUGGAAGGCGGGACCCCGCUCUUUAUCCUAAGGAAGUCUGGAGGCGCUGCUAAAAGCAAACCAACCGAGUCCUCAGCCCCGCCUCCAGCCAGCCCACAGCCUUCUUCAGCCCCGCCUACUGCUGGUCCUAUACCCACAUCCCUCCCCCCUGUGCCACCCGUCUCCUCCCAACCACUGGAGACAAAGCCUGUGUCUGCUGUGAAGCCAACGUCCGCUGUCCACGUAUCUGAGGUCCCCCCGGCUGGCAGCACUCGCUCAGAACACAGGGUGAAGAUGAACCGCAUGCGUCAGAGAAUCGCUCAGCGGCUGAAGGAAGCUCAGAACACAUGCGCGAUGCUGACCACAUUCAAUGAGGUGGAUAUGAGUAACAUGCAGCAGAUGAGGACGCUGCACAAAGACGCUUUCCUGAAGAAACACAAUCUGAAGCUCGGCUUUAUGUCGGCGUUUGUUAAAGCCGCGGCCUUCGCCCUCCAGGACCAGCCAGCCGUCAAUGCUGUCAUUGAUGAUACAACAAAGGAGAUUGUGUACAGAGACUAUAUAGACAUCAGUGUGGCCGUAUCUACCCCCAGGGGUCUGGUGGUUCCUGUGCUACGCAGUGUGGAGUCCAUGAACUUUGCUGACAUCGAGCGGACCAUCGCAGAGCUGGGAGAGAAGGCUCGUAAGAAUGAGUUGGCGAUCGAGGACAUGGACGGCGGCACCUUCACUAUCAGCAAUGGCGGGGUGUUCGGAUCCCUGUUUGGAACGCCCAUUAUCAAUCCUCCGCAGUCCGCCAUCUUGGGAAUGCAUGGCAUCUUCGACCUCCCCUCUUUGGGCUCGUGGUCUAUUACUUGUUCGCUGGUUUCACAGGUGGAGGUGCGCCCGAUGAUGUACGUCGCACUCACCUACGAUCACCGACUGAUAGACGGCAGGGAAGCGGUCCUUUUCCUGCGGAAGAUCAAGUCUGUGGUGGAGGAUCCUCGUGUCCUCCUUCUGGACCUCUGAGGGAUCUUCUGCACCAUGCUCAAUGAUCUAUUUACUCCCUUUCUCCCCAGUUUUAAGUUGGGGCCACAACCCCCCCGCCCCACCCCCACUGAGACAACAGGCGCCAAUUCAGAGACUUGCUGUGCGCUUUCUACAGACUCCUCCUCCGGUGGGUUGGGCCAUCGCCUCUUCCACCUAUCAGACACUGGGUGACUCCUCCUCUCGGUUUGGCACCAUAUACAGAGCUGACUACGAUAUUUAAAGACCUUCCCGAUUUUAAAUGUGUAAAAAAUAAAUGCCGUUUAUGAAAA